AUGGAAAUCCCUCCAGGGCCUCUUUCGCCCGAGUCCUUGAAAUCCCUCCCAGAGAUCUUCCGCAUUCUGGUCGUGUGUGGAGCCACCGGAAGUGGGAAGACGCGCAUCGUUCAGCAGCUGGUGGAGUACUUCCAGCUGGAGGUCAGCUCUGAGCAGAUCGUCUUCGAAGACGACAUGGCGGUCUGCAGCCAUCCAGCCCUAGGUGAUGACUAUUUGGAGAAGCUGCAGGCCGUGGGCUUAAACAGCGUACCCAGCUGGAUGAAGGCGGAGAAGGCCUUGAGCACCGGACAGCAGCAACGGAUCCGUAGCGCCAUCCGAGCAUCUUCAGAGAGCAAAGGCAUUCUCUACGACGAUUUCUGCUGCUUCGUGGACCAGCAGAGCUCCUACUCCUGCGCGGCAAGCAUCUACAGACUGGUGAGAGACAAUGAAGGCCUGAACUACAUCAUCGUUGCCACCACGCGGCCUGAUGUCAUCCCCUAUUUGGGAGCCGACAUUGUGAUAGAAGCUGCCACAGGAAAGAUCCACAACAACCCGUUGGAGUUUGCAGAGCGCAAGAUGGUUGUGAAGAUUGAGCACGAGGAGCUGAAGUUCAACUUCGGCAAGGGCUGCAGCGGCUGGCAGGGACCUUUGGACAGUGCUCCAAUGCGGAAAGCAGAGGAUUACGGCCGACCUUCAACAACCGUGCAGUUCGCAACGGUGGCCAAAAGCUUCACAACGACCGUGAAGGAGACCGAACGAACGGCCGAAGCAGCUCAUGCGUUUGACUACACCUUCAAAGGGACGCUUGGCGUCUUCCGCCUUCCGCGCUGUGACCGUCCACCGACAGGCGGCUGGCGCGUCGGCGCGCUCUGCGGGCCGAGCGGCUCCGGCAAGUCCGUGAACCUCCGGAACCUUGGACAGGAGGCUCGGCCGGUCGGUGACGGACGUCCGCUGCAUCUCCGGAUUUCUCAGGACUUGCUGGAUGUGGUGCUGCUGCCCUUGCCUGCGAGGCAGCGGUUCUUCCAUGAGCUCUCAGCCGGUGAGAAGAUGCAGGCCGAUUUGGCCUACCGGCUGGCGCGGCCGGAGAAUCGCCUUGUGCUGGCGGAUGAGUUCACGUCCGUGCUGGAUCGGACCCUCGCAGCCAGGCUUUGCGCGUCGGUCGCCUCUUACGUGCGGGAGAAUCUGCUUCAACUGGUUGUGGCCACCAUCCAGACGGAUGUGGUGAAACACCUCCGAGCGGAUUGGUGCUUUAGAUCGGACUACGCGGAGCUCCUCACCUUCAGCGGUCCUUGUGAGUGUCCAGAGCCACCUGAGCUGCCUGAAGUGGAUUACUUCUGCCCGCCGGUGCGCACCUUCACCUUGGCCCGUCUCCGCGACUCCAAGCACACCCACGAGGUUUUCAAGGGCACCUUUGAAGAGCACCACUACUUGAAGCAGGGAUUGCCUCUGAUGUGGGGCUUGUUGGUGCGAGAUGAGCAGCAGCUUCCGGUUGGCUUUCAUGCCAUCGCGUGGCAGACUGGCUGCGGAGCACCACGUGAAGCACGCGUGGUGCUGCUGCCGGAGUUCCAAGGAAUGGGCUUGGGAACUCGGCUAAGCGACCGCGUCGCAGAGCUGUGCGCAAACUGCGGCUAUGCCUUGCGGGCGAAAACGAAGCACCCUCGCCUGGGAGGCUAUCGCAACAGCCGCCCGAAUCUGUGGAGAGCCAGUGCGACGAAUGGGCAGAUCUGCAAGGGCAGCUUGCGUUCGAGCCUACGCGAGAUGAAAGCAAGGCAGAAGCAGGUGAAGGGGCAGCAGCUGCUGCCAUUUGCGCCCCUCAAGCAGAGCAAGGUGACAACGGAAGAUGAGGUGGAACAUCCUCGGAGGUGCUUCUCGCAUGCGACUUGUCAUAACCAGUGGAUGGACCAUGUGUCAAAGUCUGAUUGA